UUAUCAGAAUAUACAAUUAUGUGAGAUUGCACAAAAUAAUCGAGCUUACAUGAUUUGUUAGACUAAAUAACUCUCAGAAACGCAAAAUAAGAUCAAAUCCAGAAACUGAAAAUUAUGUUAAUAAUCCCAAAUUAAAAAAAUAACGAGUUUUCAGAGCAAUCUGGUUAAAGAAAGCGGGUUUAUAAAGUGUUUAGUAAAUGUUGUUCAACAAGUAAAUUUCUAGAGGAAAAUGUAGCCCUAUUUCACUAAAGUACACCAACAUACAACCCUGUAAAAGAGAGAGUAUUGAACGUAUGUAAAAAGAGGCAUACCAUCGCAGAGCGUAUGCGCCCCAAAACGCUUGAGGGGGGCCACGAAAAAGUAUACAAGUUGAAUUGGGUUGCACAGAAUUGAGUCAAAGUAAAGCCGUUGCCGAGUACAGUGAAGUAUAAUAGAUUACCGGAAUAUCGUUUGAACGAAGAAUUCAUCAAACGUAUCAGUUUAAGAAAAUGUAAAUUUCAUUACAAUAAACCGUUAAUUUUAAAUAUUAUUGAAUGAAAAGUGUUCUGGAAAUUGCUAUAAGUGACAUAAAAGCCCUAAUCAAUUAAUCGCCUCUGGAUUGGGUUCAAGCAAAAGUUCGUUAAGUGAAAAGCAACAAAAUUUUUGUCAUACACUUUACCCAGUGAUUACAAAAAGUUACUACUAGACGGUCAGAGUCAAUCUUCGUUUUCGUGUACGAAUGCCACCGUAUAUAUGCAGAACCACUGAUACGUGCUAUUAGAUAUCAUUCAUAUGUAUGUGUGUAGUACAUAAAAAUUCGGUGAAAUAUCCACACAUGAAAAGUAAGUAGUUUGAAACAAAGAUUAAAAUUAUAUAUAGACACCUAUACAGGGCUGUGUUUUGUUAAUAAGAGAAAGUGUAAUAAUAUACCAGCUAACUAACUACCACGCCUGCAAUCGUUCAGCUGGAAAUUGUGAAUAACCUGUGUGUUUGUGGUUUUGACGCGUUUAAAGAACAUUUUGGCAGAAGAUAAGCUAACGGAAGGAAUUGCCAUACUAAUUUUAGGAAUAUCAGCAGAGACAAAUCAGAGCGGCAAACAUGUCAACCGAUUCUAAGCAGCGAAUUCAGGUGCCCGAGGCGUUGAGAGAGGUGCUCUUGGAGUUUUCAAUAGCGUAUUUGUUGGAACAGCCCGGAGAUGUGGUCGAUUAUGCAGUACAGUAUUUCAAUAAAUUGCAGUCGAAUCGCCAGGCAGCUGCAAAUUUCUAUCGUCCAGAUUCCCCAGAGAGCAGCAUCAUAUCACAGGAAGAAGAGCCUGUUCGCCGUUUUACCACACGCCGCAAAUCCGUAUUUGCCGAAGCCUAUGAUCCGGAAAACGACGCCGACGAUGACGAGGCCGAACGUAAGAUCUAUCCCAAAUCAGAUGAGCAACGCGCACGUCUAACCGAUUCGGUGAAGAAUGUACUGUUAUUCCGUUCCUUGGACGAUGAACAGAUGAAUCAAGUAUUGGACGCCAUGUUUGAGAAGCGAGUGCAGCCGGAGGAGUUCAUCAUUCGCCAGGGUGAUGACGGCGAUAAUUUCUAUGUUAUUGAGUCUGGAGUUUACAAAGUAAUUUGCAAUGGUGAUCAUAUUUUCACUUACGACAAUACUGGAAUAUUCGGUGAACUGGCAUUGCUCUAUAACGUACCAAGAGCCGCCUCCAUACAGGCUGUCACAGAGGGUCUACUCUGGGCUAUGGACCGUCAAACGUUCCGCCGCAUUCUAUUGAAGUCUGCUUUCAAAAAGCGAAAAAUGUACGAAACGCUUUUGGAUAGUGUACCAAUGUUGAAAGCGUUGAAGUCCUAUGAGCGCAUGAAUUUGGCUGAUGCUUUGGUUUCCAAGCAUUUCUCUAAUAAUGAGAGAAUCAUCAAACAAGGUGAUGUCGCUGAUGGUAUGUACUUCAUAGAGGAUGGAAAUGUUGUGGUGAAAAUGGAUCAAGAUGGCAAGGAGAUCGAGAUUUCGCGGUUAGGUAAAGGGCAAUAUUUCGGGGAGUUGGCUUUGGUUACACACCGACCACGCGCUGCUUCCGUCUAUGCCGAUGGAGAUGUCAAAGUUGCAUAUUUGGACAAAAGUGCUUUCGAGCGAAUACUUGGCUUCCUUACGGAUGUGCUCAAGCGAAAUGCAGAAAUCUAUGAAGAACAGUUAUCGAAUCUUGCGCGAGAAAAUAUAUUUUAAAAAUCUUUCACUUUUCUUAUGUAUGUAUGGACAGUAGUUUUCUGUAUUCGUUUUUGUUGAAUUUCAUUCACUCAGUGUUAGUUGUACAUGUCUCCAUUGAAAUUCAGAACGAAGAAUAUUUCUAAUUUGAUUUUGUUCUUGCAAAGGAAGCCCUCUACUAACACUGAGUAAAUGGUAAUGCUAUUUUAUAAGUUUCACAUACCUACAAAUAAAUGCAAAAAAAAAGAAAAUAAUUCUACAAUUAUUUCAAAUUAUGAAAACCGGCAAGAGAGUACUGAUAGAAGGCGCGAAAAGUCUUUUAAUAUGAGCAGAAUAAGGAGAAGGAAUAAUAAGUGAAAAAUUAUUUUAAAUAAUUGAUUUGAUAUGAAAGCGUAAAUGCCAAUUUUCAGAUUUUUUAUAAUUUUUUAUUGUUAUGCAAUUGUUUUAUAAACGAAAUUAGAAAAGCCUAAGCUUAAAAUUCAUAAACACAAGUAGUACUCCUGCUAGUUUCAAGUACUUAUACUUAUAAAGGUCUUAGGGAAACACUAAAACAUAAAUAAUUAGGUCGGUAGUUGCUUGUUAGAAGACCCUAAGUUUUAGGUACCAUUACAUGCCCUGCCACUUCCACCGUCAUUCUCAUCACCACGCUGGGGACAAGCUCAACUAAAAGCUGCAUUGGUAAGGUUCGAGUAAUAAAUAGAAGAUAAUAACGGCGCAUGUUAGCCUCUAAUUUUGGUCAACGGCUUACACUGCUUUUAAAAACACAGCCAACCAACUCACAACCACUACAGAUUAACAAUUAGAAAAUGCCAAAGAAACACUUGCUACAAUUGGGUAAAUGAUAUCCUCACUACACUCACACACAUACACAGUGUUUUAACAACAACAACUAACUUCUUUUAGCAGUUAUACGAGUACCGUUAUACAGGCAAAUACCGUUAACUAGCUAAAAUAUUGAAAAUUAUAUUGUCUAAAAUAAAAUAAAAAUGGUAACGGUUCUUCUUUUACUAUUUUCGGCAUUAAUAUACUCAUUGAGCCCAUUCAUAAACGGAACUGUAUGUUACACAUACACAUAAACACACUCACACUACCAACAUACAAGUAUUUAUUAAUUACAUACAAGUAUUUUAAAAUUAAUUAGUUCUUUUAUGAACAGUUAUAAAAAAUAUGUAUUUAUUAUACUACGAAAUAUCGUAAUUUCUAGUGCCAGUGGAAAUAUUAAUAACUGUCUACUACUCCAUACCAAGACGUCUUCAAGACCUGUGAUUGACAGCUCAAUUCGCUUCUAUUUGAAGGGAUUCCAAUAUUAGAAUUGUUGUCCAGACGAGUUAACCCUUGUAGAUUCAUACCAACACCAAGAAAAUUGGUCGCUGAUCCCCCAAAAGUUUACCUCAAAACGUGCCAAUUUUAAAUUUGAAAUAACCUCAUUUUGCACAUAUGUACAACACAUAUUUUUGGUUUAAAUUAAAAGUUCUCCAGUUAUUAUAUUAUUAAAAAACAUUUUAAAAUUAAUUCAACACUUUUGAAAAAGAAUCGGAUUUAUUUUGCCUUGGACAUACACCAAAAUUGAAAAUUGUCCUUAACACUAACACUCACAUUUUAAGAGGUGUUGGUUCCUUAGGAAAUUUUACAUCAGGACUUGAUGAUCUAGUUGUUUAUAAACCUGUGCUAUCAGAAAUAAAGGUGUGAGCAGGAUCUCAAUUAGCUGUCAAAAUGUUUUUUUUAUUAAUCGUAUAUGCCGUUAUAUGUAUAUUUGCACAGAAAUUUUUACCAGACUCAAGAAUCGUUCCAGAAAUUCGCUUGCGUAUGCAUCGUAAAUCCCGUUACAAUUGUAAAUGUGUAUGUAUGAACUUGCUUGUGCAGGUGCUCAACUCUUUCUGUGCUUUUAUUAAUUCUGUAAAUAGCAAAUCUGUUAUUUUUCUACUCUAUUAUAUUUAUUUUUAUUUGUUAUUUUAUGAAUUUUAUGGAUUUUAUUUUUUGCUUUGGGCAU